CGCAGACGCACGCAGCGCUUCACAAAUGGCGGCCGACGCUGGCAUGUCUCCGCUGCAGCUACCUUGUGCGUUCUCGCCCAAAUCGCGACAAUACUUAGCGCUGUGUGCCCAAGAUGGCAGACUGCGCAUCUGGAGCACGGACAGUAAAACGCUCCACAGAGAGUACGUGCCUUCAGCCCACCUGAGUGCCACUUGUACCUGCAUAGCCUGGGGACCAUGCCGGACAGCCAAGGAGGGGCCAACGAGGAAGAAGAGGAAAUCAGAAGCUGUGCAGGUGGCGGAGAAGGCCGACCUGUUGGCGAUGGGCACAGCCGCUGGUACAGUGCUUAUCUACAGUGCAACCAAGGGAGCACUGCACUGUACCCUGGAUGGAGGCCAUAGUGGAGGAGUGAAUUGUGUCCAUUGGCACCCUGAAGACAGUUUAUUAUACAGCGGCUCAGAUGAUUCAAACAUUAUCGAGUGGGAUCUGCAGACGGGCAAGAUGCGAAGCAAGUGGAAGGCAGACCGUGCAGCAGUGACCAGUCUGUGUGUGAGUCACGAUGGGAAGCUGCUGCUUUCAGCUGGACAGACUAUCAAGAUGUGGGACUUGGACACCAAGGAGCUUUACAGGACAUUCACAGGCCACUCCACAGCUGUGACGACCCUGCGCUUUGCCACCACACGACCCCCCGACAGCAACGGCCUCUAUUUUCUGUCUGGUGCUGCCCACGAUCGGCUGCUCAGUGUAUGGCAAGUACGAGAAGACGGAAAAGACAAGAACUCAGUGGUGUCCUUCACGAUGACGGAUGAGCCACAGCACAUUGAUCUUGUCACAUCUAACAGCAAGGAAGAGGCGGUGAGGCUGGCGGUGGUGUGCAAGGAUGGACAGUUGCAUCUCUUUGAGCACUUUUUAAAUGGACCCUGCAAGAAGCCCUUGUCACCCUUAUGUACGGUGCAGAUGUCAGACACAAAGGACUCACCGGUGCCCAUCCCCCUGCUGGCAGCAGCCCUCGGAGCUGAUAGCCGGUCUGUGCUGCUGGCCUAUGGCAACCACCUACAGCCUGCGAUGGAGAGAGCAGAGAUUAACACAUCUGAGAGACAUGUGUGUUUGACCCGGGAUGUUCAGACCACCCUGGCCCUUUCUAUGGAAUCCGUUGUUUCCAAGGUUAAAACCCCAAUUGUCAAUGCCAAGAGCAAAGUGUUGGUCCCAGGGCUUCCUGGCCACCAAGCCCCAGUAAAGGGAACCACACAGGGAUCAGAGAAGAGGAAAAAAGACUCAGACACCAAAGAGAUGUCAAUAGCAGAGCGACUUGGUGAAAUCGAUCUGUCUACAGUCUCCUCUGAGAAGGGAGCUCCUAAAGGGACGGCCUCUUUACUGACGGACAACUUUGCAGUGCUGCUGGUGCAGGGCCUGGAGAGCAACGACACCAACAUCCUAAAUAAAGUAUUCCAAACUCGCAAAGACAUGGUAAUAAAGAAAACAGUUGCUCGGUUACCCCUCCCAGCUGUUUUACCAUUGGUGGAAGAGAUCACAAAGAGGCUUCAGGGGCAUCCUUUUAUGGCAGCUCUAAUGGUACGGUGGCUCAAGGCUGUAAUCAUGCACCACACAUCAUACUUGGCAUCGCUGCCAGACCUGGUUACCCAGCUGGGAGUGCUCUAUCACAUGAUCGAGAGCAGAGUGAAGCUGUUCCACAAGCUAACGAAGCUGCACGGGAAACUGUAUCUCGUCAUGACGCAGGUGGCGACAAAUGACAGCAGUAAGACAGUUACAGAUGUUGACCGCACAGCUAAGCUGGUGUAUGAAGAGGAAUCAUCAGAUGAAGAUGAGGCCUCUGGUGAUGAGGGUCUUCCCGAUGACGACUCUGAUAACUGGGAGGAGGAGGAGGCAAAGGAGGAGAAGAUGGAAGAAGAAGACGAGGAAGAACAAGCAGCAGAUGAGGAAGAUGAGAAUCCGGACAGCAGAACAGAAUCCAAAGCUAACGGAGAGGAAGACAUGGAGAACGAGAGCGAAGAAGAAUGAACACCAAUCACAAAAAAUGGACCUGAAAGAGUUAUAUAAACUUUCAUUUUAUUUUCCUGCUUUUGAUUUUAUUAUCAGAAAAGAGUCUGGUUUUACAAAAUCAUGGGGCCCCUUGUUGAAGCGCGGGCAGGUCAGUGACGUCCUGCUCCCGGUCUGUCUUUCCCCCCAUCUGAUGAACAGAUGCUACAUUUCAGGGAGGAGAGCCAAACUGAUGCAUGUUCUCCUCCUGCUCUGUCAGAUCAAGUCUGUAUACCAACUCUGCAGCCUGAGCUUUUUUGGUGGCGUUCCAGUUUGCCUUUCACUGCAGGCUGCAUUCCAAAUGCAAUGUUAUAUAAUAAAUAGUAUUAGAACAUUGUAUAUCCCCGGAUAGUGGUAGACGAGACAGCGCUCUGUCUCUAAUUGGUUUAUUCCAACCCGUCUCUGUGAGCGAUCUAGAACGCUUGAGCUCAGGUGUGGAGUCGGUAUGCAGGACCACCGGAUCUUUGUUGGACAGAAACCUGCUUGAACCGGAGGUGGGUUCACCAGCCGAGACCAUAUAACAUGUCCCCACAUAAUGUAAAUCUUAUGUACAGUGAAGUGUUUGUAUGAGCUCUUCCCUCUACAGUUCUCCCCCAGAAAUCCUUGGGAUUAAAUGGACUCAUGUAAAAUCUCCUGGAUGCUGUAUUUUUCUUUUCUUUUGAAAUUGUUUCCAGAUUUUGCUUGUUUUAAUUGUUCUUUUUGUGCGUUUAGUUUCGGUGCAUGUCCUCAUGUCCACCACCUUUAACCCAUAGUCGCAAGGGCGACUGAGAAGAAAAUGUGAACUUUUCCAAAAAUAGGUGAAUAAAUGGGUUUACAAAAUGG